CCACUGGUAUGCUGCCAACACUCACUGCCCUACUCAGCCUCGGGCUAUGUCUGAGCCAGAGGAUCAACACUGAAACAAAGACUCUCCCGAAACCCAUCAUCUGGGCCAAACCCAGUAUCAUGGUAACAGAAGGAAACUCGGUGGACAUCUGGUGUCAGGGGGUUCAGAGUGCUUCUGAGUAUCAACUGUACUUUGAAGGAAGCUUUUUUGCAUCGGAGAGACCUAAGUCAUCUAGAUUGAUGAAUAAAGUCAGGUUCCUCAUUUCACAAAUGACCACACGUACUGCAGGGAUCUACACCUGCUUCUAUCAGAAUGGAGAGCUCUGGUCAGAGUCAAGCAAGCCCCUGAAACUGAUAAUAACUGGUCUGUAUGACACACCCACCCUCUGGGUUCAUCCAGGGCCUGAGGUAACCUUGGGGGAGAAUGUUACCUUCUCUUGCCAGCUGAAGACUGGCACAAGCAAAUUCUUUCUGCUCAAGGAGAGAGGAUCCAACUACGUCCAGCAUAAACAUGGGAACAGCCAAGCAGAGUUCCCCAUGGGCCCUGUGACUGGGGCUCACGGAGGGACAUACAGGUGUUUUGGCUCUUACAAUGACUAUGCAUGGUCUUUUCCCAGUGAGCCUGUGACGCUACUCAUCAGAGGAGGUGUUGAGAAUACCAGCCUCGAACCUACAGACCCUACUUCUUCUCUUGAUUAUUGGGAGUUUGGCCUUUCAACCAAAGAAUCAGGAUUGCAGAAGGACUCUGCCUUCUGGAAUCACACAACCCAGAAUCUCAUUCGGAUUGGUCUGGCAUGCAUAAUCCUGAUGGCUCUAGUAUGGUUUUUGGCCGAAGACUGGCUCAGCAAGAGGAAAGAUCAGGAAGAGGCCAACAGAUUAGCAAAUUGGGAAUGCAGGAGAAGACGGAGAAGGCAGCAUUACAGUGAAGAGGAACAAAGAGGUGCAAUGUCUAUGAGGGAACUGAAGGCAACUCCUGGAACCUUGUGAGCUCUAUGCUGCCCCCUGGAUAAAGAAAGAGGUCUUUGCAGGAAUGAAGGGGUAGGA